GCCCGGGCUGCAGCCGGGCGCGCCUGAGCCUGCGAGCCCGCAAGCCAGCGAGCGGCGGCCGCGGCCUUCCCUGCUCGCGGUUGGCCCCGGCGCCCCGGCCUGCGGUCCCGCUCAUCCCGGGGCCCCCGCUACCCGGGGCAGGGAUGCAUCAUGGCCACGUUAGCUUGCCGGGUGCAGUUCUUGGACGACACGGACCCUUUCAACAGCACCAACUUCCCCGAGCCGAGCCGGCCGCCGCUGUUCACGUUUCGCGAGGACCUCGCGCUCGGCACCCAGCUGGCGGGGGUCCACCGGCUGCUGCGGGCGCCGCACAAGCUCGACGACUGCACGCUGCAGCUCUCCCACAACGGCACCUACCUGGACUUGGAAGCUACCCUGGCAGAGCAACGGGACGAGUUAGAAGGCUUCCAGGGUGACGCUGGGCGGGGCCCGAAGCACAGCAUCAUUCUGAGGACACAGCUGUCGGUGAGGGUCCAUGCCUGCAUCGAAAAACUGUACAACUCCAAUGGGCGAGAUUUAAGAAGGGCCCUUUUCUCCCUGAAGCAGAUAUUUCAGGAUGACAAGGAUUUGGUGCAUGAAUUUGUGGUGGCUGAAGGUCUGACAUGUUUGAUCAAGGUGGGAGCUGAGGCAGAUCAGAACUAUCAGAACUACAUUCUGAGGGCUUUAGGCCAAAUUAUGUUGUAUGUGGAUGGGAUGAAUGGAGUAAUAAACCACAGUGAAACCAUUCAGUGGCUGUAUUCGCUCAUCGGGUCCAAGUUCCGUCUGGUGGUGAAGACAUCCUUGCGGCUGCUGCUUGUCUUUGUGGAGUACUCGGAGUCAAAUGCACCUCUUCUGGUUCAGGCUGUCUCUGCUGUAGACACAAAAAGAGGAGUCAAACCCUGGACAAAUAUCAUGGAAAUCCUGGAGGAAAAAGAUGGAGUCGACACAGAGCUACUGGUUUAUGCAAUGACUUUAGUGAACAAGGUUGGUUCAUUUUUGGAGAAGGUAGGCAUUAACAGAAAGAUGCUGGAGAUGGAUAUGAGUGCGGCCCAUGACUGGGAAGAAAUCCUUGCUGUGCUCUUCUGCACACCCGAUUGGGAAAGCAAGCUCAGGAAUGCUCAGAAACUCCAGGGCUUCCAGCUCCUGGGCUGCAGGAGGGACUCCACCUCCUGGACCAGAGAAGAGCAAAGGAUGGUGCUGCGUCACGAGGACGGCGAUGAGACCGCUGAGCCACCCCCAAGUGGGCGCCAGGACCGGAGGAGGGCCAGCGUGUGUUCGGGCGGCACAGGCGAGCACCGGGGCCUGGAUCGCAGGCGGAGCCGCAGGCACUCCAUGCAGAGCGCCAGGAGUCCUCUGUCAGCUCCUGCCAGUCCCUGCUCCCAGGCGGCACCCAGCUUCAAGCCCAGUCAAGUGCAGGAGCACCGUGAAAAGGAGGAGGAGGAAAAGGAGAAUGAGGAAGAGGAGCAGCCAGUCACGGAACCCAAUUCAGAGGAAGAGAGAGAGGAGGAGGCCCGCUGUCAGGACAAGGACAGAGAGGCCAGCCCUGCCUCAGAGCAGGACUCCACUGGAAAUGAUGCUGCUCCCCAGACUUCAGCCCUCCCUGCUGCCUCAAAUGCCACCUUGCAGGGAGAGUGGCUUCCGGCCAGCGCCACCGUGGGGCCUGCCCACCUGCUGCCCCCCACCCCUGCCUUGGCAUCUUGGCUCUCCUCCACCACACCAGGCCCCCCAAAGGCUUCGCUGACCAUAGAAAAGCUGCCCUACGUGCCCCACAGCCCCUUCCACCUCUUCUCCUAUGACUUUGAGGAUUCACCCUUAUCCACCAAGGAAAAGGAAACCGAGCCGCAGAAGGAAAGCAGGUACAGCAGCUUUGGUAACAACUCCUAUCACACAGGACCUUCAUCUGCAGCCACUGUGCCCACCACCCUGACAACACCAUCCAUUUCACCUUCCCCGGAGGCCAGGCUGGAAAGGUCAUCACUGAGUGGGCUUCUCACGUCAUCCUUUAGGCAGCACCAAGAGUCACUGGCAGCAGAGAGAGAGAGACGGCGACAGGAGAGAGAAGAAAGGUUGCAGAGAAUAGAACGGGAAGAAAGAAAUAAAUUCAACCGAGAGUAUUUAGACAAAAGAGAGGAACAAAGACAAGCAAGAGAAGAAAGAUACAAAUACUUGGAGCAGGUGGCAGCUGAGGCGCGUGAGAAGGAACUGAGAAGCCGGAGUACGAGCCGGGGCAGAGGUGACCUCUCCUUGGACCUGAGCUCACCGGCCGUCCCUGCCUCCCCCACCCCUCAGAGCUGGAACCCUUCAUCUCUAGAUGCACAGGAGGCUCUCACGGGAUCCUCCUCUUCUCCAGGAACACCUCAGCAUCCCCAAGCGAGCACCGGGUGCCCUGAGCCCAAAGCGGAGGCAGAACCAGAGGCAGAGGCCGAGGCAGGGCAAGUCGCCCAUGAGGCCCACGGGGAAGUAGCCCGUGCCCGCGUGGGAGCCCUGGAGCAUGAGCCGGCGGAGCAGGCAGCCCUGAGCGAGAAGGAGAGGCAGAACGAGGGGGUGAACGAGAGGGACAACUGCUCCGCCUCCAGCGUCUCGUCCUCCAGCAGCACGUUGGAGAGGGAGGACAAGGAGGACAAGCUCUCCCAGGACCAGGGAGCCGGUUUGUGGUCCACGGGUGUUCAGGAUGCUGCUGUAAAUGAGCAGUGUGGUGACAUCCUCACCAACAAACGGUUCAUGCUGGACAUGCUGUAUGCCCAUAACAGAAAGCCCACGGAUGAUGAGGAGAAGGGGGAGGGAGAGGCAGGGAGGACUGAGCAGGGGGCGGAGGCGGUAGCCAGCCUGGCCAGCAGGAUAUCUACCUUGCAGGCCAACUCUCUGGGCCAGGAUGAGAGCAUCAGGAGGGUGGAUGUUGACUGUCUGGACAAUCGGGGCAGCGUGAAAGCCUUUGCCGAGAAAUUCAACAGCAUCUCAGGGUGCAUCUCCCCUGAUGGUGAGCCCAAUGGCACGGUCCUGGAGAAAGCAUCUGCACAGCCAAAGACAGAAUCUGACUACAUCUGGGACCAGCUCAUGGCCAAUCCGAGGGAGCUCAGAAUCCAAGACAUGGAUUUCACUGACCUAGGGGAGGAGGACGAUAUCGACGUCCUGGACGUGGACCUGGGUCACAGGGAAGCCCCAGGGCCGCCUCCCCCACCCCCACCCACCUUUCUGGGUUUGCCACCCCCACCCCCACCACCCCUGUUGGACAGCUUGCCUCCCCCUCCAGUCCCCAGUAAUUUAUUGGCCCCUCCUCCAAUACUCAACACUCCUCAGGGCUUAGGGUGGCCCCAGGUACCCAGGGGUCAGCCGGCAUUCAUCAAGAAAAAGAAGACCAUCCGUCUGUUCUGGAAUGAAGUGCGGCCUUUCGAGUGGCCCUGUAAGAACAGCCGCCACUGCAGAGAAUUCCUGUGGUCGAAACUGGAACCUAUUAAGGUGGACACAUCCAGGCUGGAACACCUGUUUGAGUCUAAAUCAAAGGAACUGUCUGCGUCAAAGAAAACUGCAGCAGAUGGAAAAAGGCAGGAGAUCAUUGUUCUGGACCCCAAGAGGAGCAACGCUAUUAACAUCGGUCUGACAGUCCUGCCCCCACCAAGGACAAUUAAGAUAGCCAUUCUGAACUUUGAUGAAUAUGCCUUAAACAAAGAAGGAAUUGAGAAAAUUCUAACUAUGAUUCCCAGUGAAGAAGAGAAGCAGAAAAUCGAGGAAGCUCAGCUGGCCAGCCCUGAAGUGCCGUUGGGCAGUGCAGAGCAGUUCCUGCUCACCCUCUCCUCCAUCAGCGAGCUCUCAGCUCGGCUCCACCUCUGGGCAUUCAAAAUGGAUUAUGAAACUACAGAAAAGGAAGUAGCAGAACCACUUUUGGACCUGAAGGAAGGAAUAGAUCAACUGGAGAACAAUAAAACCCUGGGCUUUAUCCUGUCUACUCUUUUAGCCAUCGGGAAUUUUCUAAAUGGAACUAAUGCCAAAGCAUUUGAGUUAAGCUACCUUGAGAAGGUUCCAGAAGUUAAAGACACCGUGCACAAGCAAUCUCUUCUCCACCAUGUGUGCACCAUGGUGGUGGAAAAUUUCCCAGACAGCUCCGAUCUGUACUCGGAGAUUGGAGCCGUCACCAGGUCAGCCAAGGUUGACUUUGAACAACUUCAGGAUAAUUUAUGUCAGAUGGAGAGAAGAUGCAAAGCUUCAUGGGAUCACCUCAAGGCAAUUGCAAAACAUGAAAUGAAACCAGUUUUAAAACAACGAAUGUCAGAGUUCCUGAAAGAUUGUGCAGAGCGAAUUAUAAUUUUAAAGAUUGUCCAUAGAAGAAUAAUUAACAGAUUCCAUUCCUUUUUGCUCUUUAUGGGUCAUCCACCUUAUGCAAUUCGGGAGGUGAACAUAAACAAGUUCUGCAGGAUCAUCAGUGAAUUUGCCCUGGAGUACCGUACCACCAGGGAGAGGGUUUUGCAGCAGAAACAGAAACGGGCCAACCACAGAGAAAGAAAUAAGACCAGAGGGAAGAUGAUCACUGAUACUGAUGAAGAGGAUGAAGUUGAGUCUGGCAAGUUCUCUGGCAGUUCUCCAGUGCCUCUGAGCCAGCCCCAGGGCCUGAGCUAUGCUGAGGAUGCCACUGAGCACGAGAACAUGAAGGCUGUGCUGAAGACCUCGUCCCCCGCCAUGGAGGACGCCACCCCCAUGCUGGGUGUUCGCACGCGCAGCCGAGCAAGCCGAGGAUCCGCUAGUUCAUGGACUAUGGGAACUGAUGACUCACCUAACGUCACAGAUGAUGCGGCUGAUGAGAUCAUGGACCGCAUAGUUAAGUCAGCCACCCAAGUGCCCAGUCAGCGAGUAGUGCCACGGGAGAGGAAGCGCUCCCGGGCUAACCGGAAAUCGCUGCGAAGGACCUUGAAGAGUGGCCUGACACCUGAAGAAGCCAGAGCCCUGGGCCUGGUCAGCACUUCAGAGUUGCAGCUGUGACAUUCCCUGGGCACUCUGAGAAGUAUGCCCCAGCAGAGUGCAAGCUCCUGCUGGACGGAACCCCUGCAGCGAGGAAUAAGGAGAUACUACAUUGACAUCGAAGGUUCUAAAGGGAGCGACCCCCUCUAGGCGUCACGCAGGGCUUGUGUGCAUUCACAUGGAUCUCUGUGCCUCCUCACACUCUCUACAUCAUGUCAGCUGUGUCUCUCUCAUUUCCUUGACACCUGAUUUAGUAGUUCCAAAGCACUGACACCUUUUCUGUGCAAGGAAUGGCCCUUCUAUGGAGAUCACUUCUGUCACUGUUACUAUGGUCAUAUGAGGCAAUUGGAUUACGUUCACAGACUGGGUCUCUCUACAUCACUAAAAUAUCCAGAUGUAAACUCCAAAACUGUACACAAAAGAAAGCACAGAUUGUUUAUCAGUUGUGGAUUUUAGAUGUACUAAAUGUUUAUACAAAUUCAUAAAUGUACACCAUGUUUCAAAACUAAAUAAAUAGAGUUUAAUGCCAUAA